UACAUUUAAAAAGUGAAAAGAUAUUUACCAAAAUUCCAAUUCGUGCUUCGGCAACUGGAAUAUCUCCCAUUCAAGAACACAGUGAGCCCAUGGAUACUUGUGGAUUAGUAGCAGAACUGGCGCACUAUAUCGAUGCAUAUGCUCUGAUUGUUCCGCGUACUGAAUGAGCAGGAGUUCGGGCAAAAAUGUAUUUUGAACGCAAGCAAGUGCGCAAAAAAUACUAGAGCAGCCACCAAACUCCAAAAACAAUAAAAAAAAACACCACCACAAGUAAGAAGCAGAACCUCGGACAACACAGCCGAGCUUCGCAAAGCAACAAAGGAUCUUACCAGGAGAAAGUACAUCUCCGUAAAUAUCGAACAACUGCCAGGGACAAGCCCCUUGUCCCCAGCCGACGCGAAGUGAUCUGAGAAACGGCAGCAAAACGGCGACCAUCGGCUACCAGAGGAUGAAGCGGCGCUGGUCGAACAACGGCGGCUUCAUGCGCCUUCCGGAGGAGUCUUCCUCGGAAGUCACCUCCUCCUCGAACGGGCUCGUCCUGCCCUCGGGCGUGAACAUGUCGCCCUCGUCGCUGGACUCGCACGACUACUGCGACCAAGACCUCUGGCUCUGCGGCCCCGAGUCAGCCUCGUACAACACAUCCAACGGCAACGGCCUGAAUCAGCAGCAGCAGCAGAGCGUCAUCACGCUGGCCAUGCACAACUGCUCCAGCACUUUGCCCGCCCAGACGACCAUCAUCCCGAUCAACGGCAACGGGAAUGGAGGCUCCGCCAAUGGCCACUAUGUGCCGGGUGCCACCAAUCUGGGUGCGUUGGCCAAUGGCCACGGGAUGCUCAAUGGGGGGCUCAACGGGAUGCAGCAGCAGAUGCAGAAUGGCCACGGCCUCAUCAACUCCACCACCCCGACGACGCCCAGCAACCAGCAGCUUCACCUGCAGCAGAAUGGGCUCGGUGGCGGUGGCGGUAUCGGAGGAAUGGGUCUGCUCCACCACACGAAUGGCAAUGGCAUUAUAGGAGUUGUAGGCGGCGGAGGCGGAGGAGGUGGUGUCGGAGUGGGCGGAGUCGGAGUGGGUGGCCUGGGAAUGCAGCACACGCCGCGAAGCGACUCAGCGAAUUCCAUUUCAUCAGGUCGCGACGAUCUCUCGCCCUCCAGCAGCCUGAAUGGAUAUUCGGCGAACGAGAGCUGCGAUGCGAAGAAGAGCAAGAAGGGUCCUGCGCCGCGGGUGCAGGAGGAGCUGUGCCUGGUCUGCGGCGAUCGGGCCUCCGGCUACCACUACAAUGCCCUCACCUGCGAGGGCUGCAAGGGCUUCUUUCGGCGCAGCGUGACCAAGAGCGCCGUGUACUGCUGCAAAUUCGGACGCGCCUGCGAAAUGGACAUGUACAUGAGGCGCAAGUGCCAGGAGUGCCGCCUGAAAAAGUGCCUGGCCGUGGGCAUGCGGCCGGAGUGCGUUGUGCCGGAGAACCAGUGCGCGAUGAAGCGGCGCGAGAAGAAGGCACAGAAGGAGAAGGACAAGAUGACCACUUCGCCCAGCUCGCAGCAUGGCGGCAACAGCGGCAGCUUGGGCUCCGGCCACGCCCACGAGUUUGUCAAGAAGGAGAUUCUUGACCUGAUGACAUGCGAUGCGCCACAGCAUCCCACUAUUCCGCUACUACCUGAUGAAAUUUUGGCCAAGUGCCAAGCGAACAAUAUACCUGCAUUAACGUUCAAUCAGUUGGCCGUUAUAUACAAAUUAAUUUGGUACCAGGAUGGCUAUGAGCAGCCAUCCGAAGAGGAUCUCAGGCGUAUAAUGAGUCAACCCGAUGAGAACGAGAGCCAGACGGACGUCAGCUUUCGGCACAUCACCGAGAUAACCAUUCUCACAGUGCAGCUGAUUGUUGAGUUUGCUAAAGGUCUACCAGCGUUUACAAAGAUACCCCAGGAGGACCAGAUCACGUUACUCAAGGCCUGCUCGUCGGAGGUGAUGAUGCUGCGUAUGGCUCGCCGCUACGAUCACAGCUCGGAUUCCAUAUUCUUCGCGAAUAAUAGAUCCUAUACGCGGGACUCGUACAAAAUGGCCGGAAUGGCCGACAACAUUGAAGACCUGCUGCAUUUCUGCCGCCAAAUGUUCUCGAUGAAGGUGGACAACGUCGAAUAUGCGCUACUCACUGCCAUUGUGAUCUUCUCGGACCGGCCGGGCCUGGAGAAGGCUCAACUAGUCGAAGCGAUCCAGAGCUACUACAUCGACACGCUACGCAUUUAUAUACUCAACCGCCACUGCGGCGACUCCAUGAGUCUCGUCUUCUACGCCAAGCUGCUCUCCAUUCUCACCGAGCUGCGCACGCUUGGCAACCAGAACGCCGAGAUGUGCUUCUCGCUCAAGCUCAAGAACCGCAAGCUGCCCAAGUUCCUCGAGGAGAUCUGGGACGUGCACGCCAUCCCGCCCUCGGUCCAGUCGCACCUGCAGAUCACCCAGGAGGAGGCGGAGCGGCACGAGCGGGCGGAGCGAAUGCGCGCCUCCGUUGGCGGCGCCAUCACCGCCGGCAUCGACUCCGAGUCCGCCUCCACUUCGGCGGCGGCGGCAGCCGCAUCCCAGCAUCAACCUCAGCCUCCGGCCCAGACGCAGACACAGAACGAGGCGCAACAUCAGUCGCAGGGGCAGACGCAGCCACAGCCGCAGUUGCGUCCCCAGCUGCAGGCUCAGCUGCAACCACAGCUUCAGCCGCAACUUCAGCCGCAGCUGCAGUCGCAGCUUCUGCCGCAGCAACAGCACCUUCCCGUUUCCAUUUCCGUUCCCGUGCCCGCAUCCGCAUCCGUAAACGUAACCGGCUCUGGUUCCGUGUCGGCGGUCAGCACGAGCAGCGACUUCAUUGGCGGCAGUGGGGCCAUAGGAGCCACCACGCCGGCGCCCACCUCCUCCAGCAACAUAGCGGCCGCCGUUCCAGCCAUCUCUACCACAUCAGCGGUGUCGAUGGGCAACGGAGUGGUAGGUGGAGUUGGUGUAGGGGUGGGAGUGGGAGUGGGUGGUAACGUCAGCAUGUAUGCGAACGCCCAGACGGCGAUGGCCUUGAUGGGCGUGGCCCUGCACUCGCACCAGGAGCAACUAAUCGGCGGAGUGGCGGUCAAGUCGGAGCACUCGACGACGGCAUAGCAGACGCAGCGUCACCAACAGACCAUCGGCGUUCUGCUGGAUUGAGAUGCGCAGCUGAACCCACAGGGGUCUAGGGGAAUGGGGAAGUUCUGUCCCGCGGCCGAGUUCCGGGCGAGCUUAGUAAGGAUAAAAAGAAGUGAAUAAUUAAUGGACAAGCGUAAUAUGCAGUUAUUUAGUCUUAAGCCUGCAAAUAUUAGAGUUUAGCCAUUAUCCAUACGAUUUAACUGAUAAUACAGCCUAUUAACAAUUACACAAAAGCUUUCUUGAAACCAGCUUCAACCACAAUUGGACAAACGCGUUGAGGGACAGAUAGAGAGAGAGAGAGACAAAUUGAAAAGAGAACCAUUGAAAAUCAUGAAAUAUAGAAUCAAUUCUUUUGUGGGCAGAUGUUCUGCUCCACGAUAAAUUCUCGAAUUUUAUUUUUCAAUUUGAUCCUCGAAACUGCAUGCAAAAACAGAUCAGAAAAGAAGAACAGAGAAUAGAGAAUAGAGCGAGAACAGAGGGAAGAGAGAAGAGAAUAAAGAUUGUUUAUAUUUUAAAAAUAUAUAAAAUAAUAAUUACUAACUGUAAACUUAAUGAAAGCAACUGUAUAAUAUCUAACUAUAACUCUAAAUCCUUACUCUAGAGAAGCGAGUAAAUCUGUUAAAUGAAAGUAAUAGUUAUGAUAAUACCAUUUAACAUCAACCAUAACUAAAUACAUUUAAAUUAAUUCAAAACAAACAAACUCUAAAAAAAAAACACGCAAAACUUGGACUGAUUUUAUAAAUAUUUUUUAAUCAUAACAAAUGGCGAACUGUAAAAAAAAUUACAAAAAAGCAAAACUAAACAAAUAACAAAAACGAAAAUAUAUUAUUAUGCCCUCCUUAUAUUUUUUAAAAACGAGAAUUAAAAUUCUAAGAUUUUGAUAAUUUCCACCCAAAUAUAUUUGCAAGCAAAAACCAAGAACCUUUGAAUAUUGGCAUCGUUUUUAGACAUUUUUUUCAACAAAAUUUUUAUAUUGAACUUUAACAAAAGAAAAUGAAAUUAAAGUGAUUGGAGUCUUACUCAAAAACCAAAAGGCAUCAAAAGGUAUUAAGUCUAAAAUAAAUAUUCAUUUCAAAUUCAACGAGCACUUUUAGGUGGAAAAUAGUUUUCAAUCACUUUGAUAACAGCCACACACAUAUAAAUACACACACACACACCAAAAGACUUCAAUAUAUAUUUAUAAAAUUUACAUUGGUAACUCAAAAUUUGUGUGAGUGACAAAAUUCAACAAAUUUGGCGAAAUCAAAAUUAAUUUAAUGAAAACCACCACAAAAAACGUGCAAAUUUCUUUACUUUGGCAAUUUUAUGUUAAACAAAAUUGAAUGCAAUUGAUUUUCAAACAUCUUUUUCUAGUUUUUAUUAGUUUUAUUUUGCUUUGAGAUGUACAUUUGAAAUACAUUUUUAAAAUUGUUGGCCUUAUUUUAACUUAAAUCAAAUUUAUUCUAAUUUUAGUAGCAAUUUGUGUUUGAAAACAAAAAAAGAAGAAACAAUUGUAAAAUAUUAAUAAAAUUAAACGUAAAGUUAAAAGUGGAAUUCUUUUAUUGUGUAAAAAGAAGAUAAAAUAGCAUCUUACGUAGCUUUCUACUUGAAUUGUGCAAUUUUUUACUUUUACUACUAAUCUUAAUUUAAAUAUAAUUUUACACACAACGCAUACACACACGCCUACACACACAGCCACACAUGUAAACAUUUAAGUAAACUUAAUUUAUAAAGAUGAAUUUGUGUAAAGUUGAACUAAAAGUAGGAUGAUAUCAAGGAUAUAUUUGGAAGUAACUCUUAUCAAACGAGUGCAAUGCUUUCGAAAAGAGAAUUCUUAUUAAAUGUAGCCUGCACUUUGACAAACAGAAA